AUGCCUCAACUAAACCCAAACCCCUGAUUUGCAAUCCUAGUAUUCUCAUGAAUCGUUUUUCUUACCAUCAUCCCAACCAAAAUCUUAAAUCACACCACGCCAAAUGAACUAACCCCAAUAAGUGAAGAGAAACACAAAACAGAGCCCUGAGACUGACCAUGAUAG